AGAUAUGACGUUACAAAUUACUAAUUUAUCUUCUAUACAGAUAAAGAUAAUAUGGAGACUACAUAAAUAAGCUUGCCAUUAAUUAUCUAUGUACAAAACUGCAACGAUGGUGUCCUGGGUAGCUGCUGUGUUGGUUCUUGGUGCUGCGGUGGUUUCUGCCUACCCUGCCAACGACCCCGUCAUUGGCAAAUGGUCCGAGGGUCUCAGGUACGACUACCUGGAGGAUGACGCCGGCAAAGUCCACCUGGUGGACAACUGGAUGAAGAUCAGUGACUUCGACAGGCUCGCCAGAUACAACCCUGAUGCUUCCAACAAAUACCAUCUCUUCACCAGGACCAACCCCACAAUCAGCCAGCCCAUAGUCCUGAACAAUGCUGCCACGGUCCACAACUCCAACUUCGAUGCUCGUCGCCGCACCAUCGUGAUGAUGCACGGCUUCGCUGGAUCCAUCACUUCUGGGUUCAACACUGUUCUACUGCCAGCUUUCCUGGCUGCCGGAGACGUAAACGUCAUCAUCUUGGACUGGAGUGCUGGAUCUUCCUGGGGACCCCGUGCCAUCCAGGCUGGUCAAGCUGCCGGUAGAUUCAUCAACUGGCUGAACUCCAUCACGGGCGCCAACCCUCAGAACUACCACGUGAUCGGCUACAGCGUGGGCGGGCACGGAGCUGGUAUCAUUGCCAGGACUAUCAACGGCAAUGUCGGUUACGUUACCGGUCUGGACCCCGCAGACCGUUGGGACACCGCCUGGCUGUUCAGGCCUAACGAUGGAAUCUACACGGAGGUGAUGCACACCAACGGCGGAGACAGUGGCUGGCUGAACCCCCUCGCGCAGGUUGAUUUCUACCCCAAUGGGGGGCGGCAGAUGCCUGGAUGCAUGACUGCUUUGUGCCAUCACUACAGGUCCUACUACUACAUGGCCGAAUCUCUCCGUACCGGAGGAUUCACGGGCAGACGCUGCGACAACCUGAACGCUGCACUCGCCGGCAACUGCAACGGACCCACCCUCAGGAUGGGAGGCUUCGAGCCAAAGAAUGGAAACACCGGCCUAUACCAUCUGAGAACUAACCCGAUGCAUCCCUACUCUCAGGGAUAAACACUGGAAACAUGGUAUCAGCUACUGAAAAUACAAAAAUACAAAUACAAAUUUUGACUGAAAAUACAAAUUUUCAGCGACCAAAACAACACCUAGUCCUUUUCAUUGUUUACUUUUACAAAUUGUAAAAUAAAAACAUUUUUUUGUUAUUUAUUCUGA